AGUGAAACAGAUGGCGCGCUAGGCUCUUAGUAUGAAAUAGCACCAUCGAUGGCGCAAUUGAUCUAACCUAUCAAAGCAUUAUCCAUUAGUGUGUUUGCAAGUUAUAGUAUCGUUAGAGGAAUAGGGAUGUUGGAACCAAUUUUAGUAGAAGACUGUACAUAUACGAAACUGGUUCCAUCAUUGGAAAGAGUAUUAAACGAUUUGAACGAAAAUUCUACUCAUCAUGAUUAUAUGGUUGCUUUGGUAAUAGUAUUACUAGCAGAGGCUGGUUUUUACUUGUCACCGACAAAUAAUAAUUAUUCACGUCCAAAACUAAAAUCUCUCCAUGUACCAAAAGAUUGGAAAUCACAAGAAACGGGAGUGUAUGAGAUGUAUUUUCAGCCAGAAACUGUACCUGAUAUAAAAUGCAAACUAGUUGCAUUCCCUCUAGGAGAUACGUUGAUUAUAAACUUUUUCCCUCUCAUAGAUGGAAAAAUUACUUAUACAAUAACUGUACAAACUCUGAAGUAUGUUAAUCCUUAUUCUAGUGAUCUUUAUGGAAGAUAUAUGAGACUCAAAGAGAUAUCUUACAGGUUUAAGGACAAAUUGUCAACACCAGUGCGUUCAGAUAUAUUGCACAAAGCUGGUGUGAUGGGUCCUAGUCUUCAAGCUUUUCCAACUGAGUUAAAACUCAGAAUUUUAAGAUUGCUAGAUGUCUGUAGUUUAAAAAGAAUGGCACAAUGUUGUACAGAAUUUCAUGAACUCUGUUCAGAUGCCCAAUUAAGGACACAUAAUGCUACAUAAUACUCGAGCAUGUCGGGUAUGAAAUUGAUAAUGUAUCAUGAUGGUGCAAAAUAUUUUAAUUUCUUAUCUCUUUUUCGUAUUUUAAUUUAUUUUAUUUGUUUCGUAUCUAUUAUCAUAUUUGACUACUUAUCGUAUUUUGUAAAAUAUAUUUGUAAAAAAUUUAUAUUGUUAUAAAUAUAUAAAAAUGACACUGCG